UCUUCUUCUCCAAAACUCUCUCCUCGUCCUCUUAUAUUUUUCCGAUCAUUCUCCCCUUAUUGUUUGAAAAGAGAGGUAGCUUUCCAGAAUGGGAUUUCAAAAGGUUUAUAAAUGCUUGAUGCAAAUAUUCCCGCAGGUUGAUUCGCGUAUUCUAAAAGCUGUUGCUAUUGAGAACUCUAAGGAUGUGGAUGCAGCUGCAGAGAUUGUUAUAUCUGAGAUUCUGCCUUACAUGUCUAGAAAAACGGUGGCUGCUAGUUCUUCCUCACGGAAACCUAAUCCUCGCCUGCCUCCAAGUAGAGCUUUUGAUGAGGAAGAAGGCAAUCAAUUGAGGCAGCAAAAGGUAUUGUUGGUGAACACAGCAUGUUCUCCUACAGAUCCAUUGUCGGAAUCAAAUGAAGUUCUCGGAGCCAUUGGUCUUGCAGGUGCCACUACCGGUGUGGGUUCUGUUGAGGCAUCAAGUGCAGCGAGUACUUCAAAAAUCCAUGAGAACAACAAUAAUGAGCCUGCUGAUGUUGAAACCGAUGAAUUGAUUUUGUUGGGGACCACAGAAAAAUGUGCUGAAAUUGGGAAAGCUAAAUCUAUUGUCAGCCUGAGUGCUUUAGGGAUUGAUAAUCUUCUGCCUUAUGUGAAUCUUGAAAUUAAGGGGUCUGGGUCUAAAGACCAAACCGUAGCCAUUGAAGAUGGGAUUGUGAGGACUCCUCAUGCUUCACCAGACACAGCUGAUAAUUCCACCUCACUUCUGGAGAAUACUGAUAGCAGUGGCAGCUAUAAUGAUAUUUUAAAUUUAUAUGGGCCUGUAGAUCUGAAUGCUGUUUCAUGCAGAAACAGUUCAUUCAAUGGAAUCUUGAUAGGGGAAGAAAAUGCCGAGGCUCUUCUUGUUCCAUCAUCUUCUCUAGAACAAAUGGCAGAAGCCCUGGGAGCUGGCCUUCAUUCUGAAAUCAAUGAUCACUCUACUGGUUCUGAGAAACUAGGAGGAGGUUCUAUAGAACUGAAAUCCCAGCAGGAUCCCAUCAGUGAUAUGGGCAAUAUUGAGGAUGAUACCAUCAAUCCUGUUGUUAGUAGGUCUAGUCAAACAUGCAGAAUUGAUCUACGUGAAGAGGUCAUUGAAGAUGCUAAAAAUAGCGAGAAAAACUUGUUUCAGGCCAUGCAGUCGAUAUUGGAUUUGAUGAGAGAAGUUGUACUUCAAGAGGAAGCUGCAGAACUAGCAAAAGAAGAAUGUACCAAGGGUGGUUUAGAUAUUCUCGUCAAGGUGGAGGAACUUAGACAGAUGCUGGCACAUGUAAAGCAUGCAAAUGACAUGCAUGCUGGACAAGUAUUUGGGGAGAAGGCAAUUCUAGUCGCUGAAGGAAGGGAGCUUCAAAGUCGCUUGUUCAGCUUAUCAGAGGAAAGAGAUAAAUCUCUUUCUAUUCUCGAUGAGAUGCGUCAAACCCUUGAAGCUCGGGUAGCUGCUGCAAAGGAGUUGAUGAAAGUAGCGGAGCAGGAGAAGCUGGAAAAAGAAGAAUCAGCCCUUGGUGCUCUUGCCAAGCAAGAAGCUAUUAUGUCAAAAGUGGUUCAAGAGUCCAAGAUUUUACAGCAGGAGGCAGAAGAAAAUUCCAAGUUACGAGAGUUUCUUAUGGACCAUGGUCAGAUUGUUGACUCGUUACAGGGAGAAAUAUCUGUUAUUUGUCAGGAUGUGAGAUUGCUUAAAGAGAAGUUUGAUCAGUGUAUCUCGUCGAGCAAAUCCUCAUCUCUGGAAAGCACGGCCGGAUAUCUUGGUACCGAGCAGGGAGAGACAGCUAAAACCCUAGAGAAGAGAAGCCUAACACCACCCGUCGAUGUGCAAUCACCGAAAAGUAGAUCAUCGGACGAAUGGUUCAAAGCUGAUGACAAGGACCUAAUCGAAUGGUACAAAGCUGAUGACAAGGAGCUAAUCGAUGAAGAGUGGGAAUUUUUCGAUGAUGCCGAAUUCAAUAUAGCAGCACAGUGAAGCUAUCUUAAUCGUUGAUGAAACAUAAUCAAGUCCCAUCCCUCGGCUAUAAAUGGCUUUUACAAGUUCGCAGUUUGAUGUUA